ACUGGGUACGUGAAGUUGGAAAGAGAAAUGGUUUGGUCAUUGUAAUCAAAACAUCAGACUAUGGUGGAGGGAAAAAAAGACCUAGGAUGUAUCUUGCUUGUGAGAGGAGUGGCCAAUAUAGAGCAACAAAGAAAUUAAAACAUGAUGGCAACAAUACAUUAAGAAUAACCGGUAUGAAGAAGUGUGGUUGUCCUUUUGAUAUGAGGGCUCAGGUUAGGCGUGACCUAUUGGGUGAGCUGCACACACACAAAGAGGAAUACAUUACACUUUAUGGGUCCUAUGAAAGGUUUGAAGAAUUGACAAGCAUAUUGUCAUACUUUGAAGACAGUCCUGGAUACUCAAAUUGGAUGACUAUGCCAGACAUGGGGCAUCUUGUUGCAUUGUGCUACAAUCUUGUGUUAUACCACUUGUCUUUACAGCAAUGUCUCACCUUUUUACCUCUUAGAACCGUGCCAGUACCUCAACUUGAUAGACGUGAGAUUGCCAUUGGGUUUGUCAACGGAAAUCAUUUCGUGCAGGUUUUGUUGCAGCCAGGCCAUCCAGUUCCUCCUAUUGCCACUAAUUGGAGAAAAUACCGUCACCCUUGCGCUGUGGACUGGGAUGAUGCAUAUGUGCGUCGCAUUCAACAUUUCAAGGACAUUAUUCAUGAUAAUGUAGUUACUCGAGAGACUUUUGAUGCUGUUGAUGUCGCAUGA